CCUCCCAUCAGCACCCCACGCCGUUCCGACUCUGCUAUCUCUGUCCGUUCGCUACACUCCGAGUCCAACAUGUCCUUGCGCUCGACGUUCUCACUCCAUGAGGAAGAGGAGGAGCCAGAGCCUCUGGUGUUUGCUGAACAGCCAUCUGUGAAGCUGUGCUGCCAGCUGUGCUGCAGUGUGUUUAAGGAUCCAGUCAUCACUACCUGUGGGCACACGUUCUGUAGGAGAUGUGCCUUAACAUCUGAGAAGUGCCCCGUGGAUAAUGCCAAACUGACGGUGGUGGUGAACAACAUCGCGGUGGCUGAGCAGAUUGGGGAGCUGUUCAUUCACUGCAAGUAUGGCUGCAGGCCUGCAGCCAGCAGCAAGCCUGCUGCCUUCGAGGUGGACCCCCGAGGGUGCCCCUUCACAAUUAAGCUGAGUGCCAGGAAAGACCACGAAAGCAGCUGUGACUACAGGCCUGUGCGCUGCCCCAACAACCCCAGCUGCCCUCCCCUCCUCAAAAUGAACCUGGAGGCACACCUCAAGGAGUGUGAGCACAUCAAGUGUCCCCACUCCAAGUACGGGUGCACAUUCAUAGGAAACCAGGACACUUAUGAGACCCACCUGGAGACGUGCAAGUUCGAGGGUCUGAAGGAGUUUCUGCAGCAGACAGACGAUCGCUUCCAUGAGAUGCAGGUGGCCAUGGCCCAGAAGGACCAGGAAAUUGCCUUCCUGCGCUCCAUGCUGGGGAAGCUCUCCGAGAAAAUCGACCAGCUGGAGAAGAACCUGGAGCUGAAGUUUGAUGUGCUGGAUGAGAACCAGAGCAAGCUGAGUGAGGAUCUGAUGGAGUUCCGCAGGGAUGCCUCCAUGCUGAACGAUGAGCUCUCCCACAUCAACGCUCGGCUCAACAUGGGCAUCCUUGGAUCCUAUGAUCCUCAGCAGAUCUUCAAGUGCAAGGGGACAUUUGUGGGCCACCAGGGCCCUGUCUGGUGUUUGUGUGUGUACUCAAUAGGAGACUUGCUCUUCAGUGGCUCCUCAGACAAAACUAUUAAGGUGUGGGAUACCUGUACCACAUACAAGUGCCAAAAGACCUUGGAGGGUCAUGAUGGAAUUGUACUGGCUCUCUGCAUCCAGGGGAACAAGCUGUACAGUGGCUCUGCUGACUGCACCAUCAUUGUCUGGGAUAUUCAAAACCUGCAGAAGGUAAACACGAUCCGAGCACACGACAAUCCUGUUUGCACUUUGGUCUCAUCACACAACAUGCUCUUCAGUGGCUCCCUCAAAGCCAUCAAGGUCUGGGAUAUCGUAGGUACUGAGCUCAAGCUGAAGAAGGAGCUGACAGGCCUCAACCACUGGGUGCGAGCGCUGGUGGCUUCUCAGAACUACCUGUACAGUGGAUCUUACCAGACAAUCAAGAUCUGGGACAUCCGCAACCUGGAGUGUGUGCACGUCCUACAGACGUCCGGGGGCAGCGUGUACUCCAUCGCUGUGACCAACCACCACAUCGUCUGCGGCACCUACGAGAACCUCAUCCACGUCUGGGACAUAGAGACAAAGGAGCAGGUGCGCACGCUGACAGGGCAUGUGGGCACAGUGUAUGCCCUCGCUGUCAUCUCCACACCUGAUCAAACCAAAGUCUUCAGCGCAUCCUACGACCGGUCCCUCAGGGUGUGGAGCAUGGACAACAUGAUCUGUACCCAGACACUGCUGCGGCACCAGGGCAGUGUCACCGCCCUUGCCGUCUCCCGCGGGCGCCUCUUCUCUGGUGCUGUGGACAGCACUGUAAAG